UUGCUGAGUAUCAAUACAAAUGUGAGCAAUUUCCUUACGUGCAAUCGAUUUUUGGUCUAGGAAUGUACCCCUGCCAUCAAAACGAGUUUGAUGCAGGUCUUUGCUUCAUUACUAAAUGAAGUCUGCGAUGCAGGACACACUCUUCAGACUGCAUCAAGCAUCUACACAGUCAUUGCUGAAAACACAGACUUAUUAGCCUCACUGUAUCUGUCCACUUUACUGUGGAAUAGGUUUAAGGGAUAAACUCUAUUAUCUCGUUCAGCAUCGUUAAAUCUCUGUCUAACCUGGAGGAAGAUCUCAUCUGAUGAGGUUUCCUCAUUUUACUCAUUGUUAAAGUUGUUUUCAAUCCAAGAAUAAAAACUGUAGUUUGUUUUGUAGAGAUUGUUUUGUAAAAACAAAAGAAAUAUCUUCCCGUCUUUUUCUUUUUAUUGGUCAUUGGAAUAUGAGUAUACAGAGAAACCUGGAUUUUUAUUACAGUUCAGAAAAGUCUUCUCCUGUACUAAAUUGUUAGGUCAUCAUUUUCUAACUCAUCCCAAGAAUCUGGGCUCUGAUACGCUGUUGUGAAGUUUCCUAAUGAGGUGUUGUCUCAUUAACAAACUCUGGUUUGAAAUGACAAACUUGUGACAGAAAACCUGAUUAUAAGCUGGAGGUGAAAGAACAUGGAGCAGAUAAAGGGUGAUGGGAAGACACCACAGAGAUGCAUUCUGGGACAUGAGGGGACCAGUGUUUUUGGAGCUUUGCCAGAACUGAGGUCUUAGAAAUUUUGUUUUAUGAGUUCUUUGCAGAAAUGAGCAUCAGCGUGUCUUCUUUCUAAGCCUCGAGAGUCAAAAGGUGACACCAUGAGCUGAAAACAAAAGUGGAAAUACGUCAAAGUGUUUGCAGUUAAACUACACAUGGUUUUAAAAAAAGUCCACCAGAAGUGAUGGCGACGGAAGUAUUCUGUCUCCACACUGGUCAUUUGGUGCUGGAGGACUUUAUUCUUUCUGGUGAUUUGAUGCAGUCCUUGAUUUGGUCUUGGUUCCCUGAGAGGACUUCUAAUUUAGCUCAGCUGGAGCUUAUAAAUUGUUCUCGCUGAGUAGGGUUCAGAUUAACUUCACAUUGUGACAGUUCAUAGGCAAAAUAUGGUCCCUGUUAGCAAAACAAACCCUUAGAGAAAACCCCCCUCCGAGGGGGAGACUGUCAAAACCAGCGGUAUGGGAGAAAGAGGGACCGAGAAGGAGAGGACAAUCAAAGGCUGUUAUUUUAAUCUGCCCUGCCUCGGAGAUUAGCCGACCACAUUGUUUUAAUUGUUUUAAAGGGAGGGAAUGAAACGCGCUCUUAUAGGGAGAUCCUUGGCAUAAAUCUCUCAAGUUCAAUAGUUUCAAAAACUUGAGCUCCUCGCAGCCCCCGUCUCCCCCCUCAUCCCACCUAAUCCCGGCUAAUACCUUUCUUUCUAUUGGCUAAUGGCUGAGGGGAGCCUGGGUAAACGCUUCUUAAAUAGUCGUGGGUGAGAAUGGUUUGGGAGAAUUAAGCCCAUGCCACGACAAAGAGCGCUGCUCUGCGAGGAUUUAAGGCCCAAAUUGGACUAAGAAAAAAAACUGGACUACCGUUUACCGGCCGACCUGUGUGCGUAAAGACGGACUUGGAGCUGGAUCUCACGCUUCUGCUUUGGAUUCGGGUAUCAGGUUCAGCAUGAACUCCUUGAAUUUCUGCGGGACGUCCGGCGGCGGCGUGUACCCCUUCCACGGAGUUAACUCCAUGCUGGUGGAUCUGCGCCACCAGAUGGCGGAGCAGUACCACGCAUACUCUGCAGCAGGUCCCGCAGCGCACACACUCACUGUGGCGGAGAGGCUGGCAGAGCUCAUCCUCGAGGCUCGCUAUGGCAACCAGCAGAAGCAGCGCCGCAGCCGCACUGCAUUCACAGUGUCGCAGCUGCAGGCUCUGGAGAAAGCCUUCCAGCAGACGCAGUACCCAGAUGUUGGCAUGAGAGAGAGGCUGGCUGUUUGUAUAAACCUGCCCGAGGCUCGCAUUCAGGUGUGGUUCAAGAACAGGAGGGCAAAGUUUCGUAAAGGUCAACGAUGCUCCCCUCUGUCCAGAGACCAGAGUCUGGAGGAAGCUCCACAUCACAGCAAAGCAGGACACGAGGAGAUCAAGGCUAGAGACAAACAGGACAUCACCUUAUCAUGCGGUGACAGGAGCAUCCCACCGGCGCCUCCUCCUCCCCCUGAUGUGACCAAAAGCAGGGAUUUAGACUCCAAAACCUCACAGUGCCCCCUACGACUUCCCUCUCCUCCACUUUUCCCCUUCAUGGCAGGAGAGUGUUACAGUCACACACCUCACCAGCCAGUUGUAGGAGUGCUGUCCACUGAGCUCGCCUUCCCUCCGGUGUUCUGGCCCGUCAUACAGCAGCACAGCUCCACCCUCGGGAUUCCUACAUUGUCACUUACAAAAAACUGUAGCGUCUCCCUUCAGACUCCUUGCUCUAGUAAAGCAGUGCAACAUCCGUAUCUGGGGCUGUAAGUGAUGUGGACACCUGAAGCAGUCCUGUGAGAGACAAACCUGACAGCUGCUGAGAGUAUACGUUUAUAUUCUGUGAGUUUCACCUGUCUGCAUAAACGGAUGUAACACUCUGUACUUUCACAGUUCUUUUUUCCUAAUCUGCUCAGCGCUAUAUAGCGUGUUACACUGCUAAGUACUAGUAUUAGGAGUAGACAAUUAAAAAAAAUAGCAAAAGCAUUUGGGAAAAGUCAUUUUGUAACUGAGCACUGAAGCAUAGAAAUAAGAUCAUUGGCACCUGCUCUCUCUAUUAUUUAUUUUACACUCUUCUCUUUCAAGAAAGGAUUAUGGUAUAGACUAUAGCCAGGAAAACAGUGGAACUAUUGAAAAUGAACUCUGAGUAGCUUGGAAAGAAAAGCGACUGGACUUCUUUAAGUUCUUUCUGAACUAAAGAAGCUUCUCGGCUGAGAGGUGAAACAUCUUCAAGAAACUUAAAGAAGUCCAGUCGCUUUUCUUUCCAAGCACCUUAGACUGCCAUGGCCCGGGUGACUGAGAACCUGCACAGACAUUUUGGAAAUGAAGUUAAAACUCUGAUAUUUCCAGUGUUUUUUUGUUUUUUGUUUUGUUUUUAAAAGAAGCAAGUACAAAUACAAGCUCACGUUGAGGUAUUAGUACUGUGACAAUUUUAUGUAACUUUUAACUUCUGAUCCAAGAUUUUCAGCACUUUUCACUCCACUACCUUUACUAGACAGUUUCAGUCACUUACAUGUAAAUUAUCCCAUAAUUCUUGAAAUAUGUUGUAAUUAUUGUAAACUGUUGUAAAUUGUACAUGCAGUUAGUAAAAAUGUAUAUUUGUCCUGUUUUUCAUUAAAAUAUUU